AUGGCAAAGUACAUAGCACAGAUCAUAGUUCUGGGAGCUCAGGUUGUGGGGCGAGCUUUUGCUAGAGCUCUCAAGCAGGAACUAGCUGCGUCGCAAGAAGCAGCCAAAAGGGCUGGCGGAGGGCAGGAAGGUGCAAGGAGAGCAGCUGCAAACGCUUCAACAGGUCUUACACUAGAAGAGGCCAUGCAGAUACUCAAUAUUGAAAAACUCGACCCAGAAAAAAUCAAGAACAACUAUGAACACUUAUUUAACGUUAAUGACAAAACUAAAGGUGGUUCCUUUUAUUUACAAUCGAAAAUAGUCCGUGCGAAGGAAAGAAUAGACAGAGAAGUGAAGCAUAAGGAACCGAAAUCAGAACAAAGUCAACAAAAAGACACUUCAUGA